AGGGUUGGUGGAGUCAUUAAUUGUGCUCGAGCUUGGGUAUGCUUAACAAUCUCUCGUCGUCAACUAUAGGCCGGGUCCAGGCCAACGCAGAUGCAGCCUUUUUUUACAUCGAAAUCUAAAGUAAGCCACAUGCGCGCACAAAUUUAACGUGCGCACUUGGAAGCCUCGGGGAGGGAGAGUGUUCUCCAGCUCUCAAUGAUGGUGGACGACGAUGACGUGGGCUUCGGCGAGUUCAAGUUCUCGUCGUUGAAUCCUACAGUCCAUUCUAAUCCCACUGUGAUCGACGGGCGAGAUUCAGCUGUAGCUGCUGCCAACGAUGAUGACGACUGGGGAGAUUUUGUUAACUCCGGUGGGCUAUCCCACACCCUGUCUCGCCCCAAAAUCUCGAAGCCCCUUGACCUGUUCGAUUUCUCUACGGAACAAAAAAUGAAAAACAACGAAUCUGAAUUGAACCAACCUGGUUCAGCUCCUGGUCGGGUUAACUCGGACAUGGCUCAGUGGGAAAAGCCAAAGGGAGCUUUGCCUCUUUCGAUCUUCGGAGACCUAGAGGAACAGGAAGAAGAAUCAGGUGCGGCGGGGGAUCCAUCUUUUGGCAAUGGUGGUGCGCGCUUGUUCUCUGGUAAAAAUGUUGAUUCUGUAGAGAAUAGAUCUGGUGUAAAUGUGAAUGACUUGGUUGCUAAUUUGUACAAACAGAGUGAUCCUAAAAAUGGGUUUACACCAGAUUUGAGCGGGUCGAAUUCUGUAGACGAAACGAAUAAGUACGACACAAAUUCGGAUUUGAAUUUGAGUUUACUGAAUUUAGGUGUAGUCGAACCUAAUCAGAAUGCACAUCCACCGGAUUCGAGUUGGAAUUGGGUAUUUCCGAAUGCGAAUGACUUGAACGCAAAUGGUAAAGAUGAGAUAAAAUUGAAUUCACAUUGGUCAAAUUUGGAUUGGGAUCCAUUGAAUUUGAAUACAAACGUAAUGAAUUCAAACAAAGAUGGGACGAAUUCGGUUUCAAAAGAGGUAAAAUGGGGCUCAAACGGAGGUAAUUCCCUUUUGGUUGCUGACAAUGGGGGAUUUGAUAAUGGUGAUGAUGAUGAUGGGUGGGAAUUCAAGGAUGCAGAACCCAAAACUCCCGUGGGUGAUGAGAUUUCUAAGACGAACCAUUUCAAGAGUAACAACGGGCCAGUACCUAAUCUUAAUGGAUCCAGUUCAAAUUGGAAUGAAUUGAGCUUGGAAUUUAAUGGGUGGAACUCUAAUUUUAAUAGUGUUAAUUCAAGUACAAAUUCUAUGAAUCCUGGUCUGGUUGGUGAAAAUAGAGAAGUCGUUGAUGAUGGUGAUGGGGAUGAUGAAGAUGAUGGGUGGGAGUUCAUGGUUGCAGAUUCCAAGCCUCAGGUUGGAGAUGAUAAGGAUGGCCAGAUCAAGACUGAACCUAUGCCAAUCCCGAAUUUUAAUGGGACUGGUUUAAGCUGGGAUGUGUUAAGUUCAGAUUCCAGUGGGUUGAAUCCAAAUGAGGUGAAAUCAGAUGAGAAACAUUUUACCGUGAACUUAAUUGCUGAAAAGAAGGAUUCUGGGAAUGCUGAUGGAUGGGCCUUCAAGGGUGCAGAACCAGAAUUGCAGGUCAGAGAUCCUAAAGAUGAUGAGAGAAUGCCAGAAAAUUUUGAGGGAGCUCUAUACACAUUUGGUUUUGGCAAUGGUGUACAUGGUCAAUCAGACUUUGGAUUUGAUUUCAACUCAAGCUAUAAAAAUAAGCGGAAUGAUAUUGAAAACAAGUUGCAUUAUCCCCAAGUUGAUGCAAAAGCUGGUUCUGAUGAACACUCCUGGGCAUUUAAGGAUGCAUUUUCUGAAGCUGGAUCAAAGGAGCCCAAGGUUGCUGAACUUGCUCUUGCUGUGGAACCAUUGGUAUUUGGUGAUGAGGUCCAGGGGAACAAGGUUAAGACAGAAAACCACGAGGGAGCCUUGCCUCUGUCCCUUUUUGGUGAUGAAGAAACAGAAGCAGAUGAUCCCAUGAUCCAUCAAGACAUUUCAACUCAGAAGUCCACGUCUGAUCAAAGGGUUGACAUUAAGGGUCCCCAUUUAAAUAUUUCUAUCAAUGAUCUAAUAUCAAGUUUAUAUAGUCGAGCUGAGCAGAGUACUUCAGUUAAUGAUGAACAAAGUCUGAGAGAAAAUGGAUUGGAUUUCACCAAAAGUGUGAUGACCUCUAAUUUGGCAAAUGCUAAUCAUGAUUUUGAUGUUGAUUCCUGGGAAUUUCAAGAUGUCUCUACAGGAGCCAGAGCUGAAUACCAGACCGCUGUUAUUGGUCUUGGAGAGUCUCAUACAAAAUAUUCUACCAAAACAGAGCUAGAUGAUUAUGUGGAAUUCUUUUCCAAAUUGAAGAAAGAAUUGCACUAUAUUGUGAUGUGCCAUCUGGAAAAUCUAAAGAAAACUCAAAGUUCUGCUGCUCUUAUUGGUGAAGAUGCAAAAGUGCAAGCUCUUGAUAAAGAAAUACAGGAUUUUAAUAAUGAACUGCACCAAGAUAGUACUUUCUCUGGUGAAGUCGACUCAGAUAAUUGCUCACUAGGAAAUGUAUGCCUCGAUAUGUUUGUUGAAGUUUUGCAGGAGCCAAAGUUCCAAGGUUUUGAGUCAGAAUGUCAUUUAACAAAGAAAUUGUCACUAGCAGAGAGUGAUUUGAGAUCAGCAAUUGAGCUCCUCAGAUAUGUGGCCUUAACACUAAAGAUUUUAACAUCAGUACCAAGCGAGAAGCAAUCCAGUUAUAUUUCUGCUUGGUCAAAAAUGCUGUCUGUUUGUGCUCAAGAACUGAGGCAUGGUGCCUUCAUCUGGAAAAGGUCAUUGCAAGAGAAUGUUCAUGAACAAAUAUUAUCUAAACCUCAAGGCAAGAAGUAUGUCCUUGCCCUUGGGGAAAUUUACAGAGUUGUUGAAAUUCUUGGAUCCUCAUCAAAACUUUAUAAGCCAUGGAUAUUAGCAAGUUCAACAGAUCCCAUGGACAUAUUUACUCUUCUAAGCGAGUGUUCUUCCCAAUGGUCAAGUUCAGGACUUGAAGAAGCUCUGCAUAGUAUUUUGAAUUCACCUGACUUUGAAUAUGAUGAAAGCCUCAAGACAUUACUAGAAUCUAUCAAGUAUAUCCAUGAUCUUGAUGCCCACAGACUUUAUAAUCAUGUUUUCUCUGGACAAGGCCCUACCUGUCACCUGUCAGCUUUAACAGCUGGAACUUUGCCAGGGAUGAAAACUGUAGUCUGGAAUGGAGAGAAUUGCUUUCUUACACUUGCCAAUUUAUGGGCAAAUUUAGUUAGCAGCGAUCCUCCAAAUUUGCCAUGCAUACAUGUUGGCUGCUGAGAAUGUUGGGAUAAGUCGGGUGUCUUUUUAGCAGCUACUUAACUGUCAAAAGAGCACAAGCUGAAUGAACUAAACCAUUUGUAACAAGCCCUGUGGAGCAUAAACCAUUUGUGAUAGCCUUCCUGGGCAUAAACCACCAGGUGCACCGCCACAGAUGGCACUCGGGGAUUUUAGAAUUACAGUAUGAAAACUGAAGAUGUAAAUGGCUGACCAGGCAAAAAGAAUCCAGGCUAACAUUUUUUUUUUAAAUGUUUACUGGUUGCCAUUCAUUACAUGAGAUAUGUGACAUAGCAAUUGGAUGUAGAGUUAUGUUGUGAAAUGGGUAUGUCAAAUACCAUCCAUAUACCUAGAAAUGGAUAGGAUCAUGACAUGCAUACGAUUGCUUCUUUCCAGAAUCCAUCCACGUUCGAUUCUUUCUUCUUUCAUCUCAUGUUUGAAUUGUACGUGAAGUUGUAAAGAAUUCUACUAUCAAUUUACCACAUUAUUUAGAGAAUGCAAAA